AUGUUUAAAAGAGCUAACCCAGAAAGAGAGUAUUUUGAUGCAGAGGAGGAGCAAGUUAAAGCAGCUAAUCUUGUUUUAGAAGAUGAUCUAAUGAUGGAAAAUUUCUUCGAUAUUAUGCUUUAUGAACAAAACCAAGAGAUAAAUAAAGGAAGUUCAACUGUUCAUUAA